CCCGGGGCCGCCCCUCCUUUGUGUGCGGCGCCGCCGUCACCGGCACCGGAGCGCCGGGAGCACCGAACCGGGCACCGGGAGCCGAAAAUAAGGGCACCGGGAGCGCCGAAUUGAAUAACAGGAACACCGGGAGCACCAGAACAGACACCGGGAGCGCUGAACCGGCACCGGGAGCAUCGGAUCCGGGCACCGGGAGCACCAGGAAGACAAAACCGAGAGACACCAGGAGUCAGGAAAGGGAAACCAGGAGUACCGGGGGUGGGCAAAAGGGGAACGGGAGCUGAGAAACGGGCGCUGGGAGCCCCGGAUCCGGUUGCUGGGGGCACCCAGGAGCACCAGAUCCAAUCAGUAGGAGCACCGAACCAGGUACUGUGAGCACUGGGAUCACCGAACCGAACAUUGACAGCACCAGGACCACAAGAUCCGGGCACUGGGAGUCGGGAAAAGGGCAUCCGGAGCACCAAGAGCUCCAGAUCUGAGCACCAGCAGCACCGGCACCACCGGAACCGGGCACUGAGAGCACUGGGAGCACCAGAACUGGGAGCCAGAAGCCAGGAAAAGGGCAUAGGGAACACCAGAACCGAGUACCGACAGCACCGGGAGCACCAGAUCCGGGAACCAGGAGCACCAGGAUUGGGCACUGGGAACAGCGGAUCCGUGCACGGGGAAGAGCGGGAGCACCGGGAGACGGGCACCGGGCGGAGGGCGCGGCCCCGAGCGCCGGCGGCCCCAUGAAGGAGCCCGACGCCAUCAAACUCUUCGUGGGGCAGAUCCCGCGGCACCUGGAGGAGAAGGACCUGAAGCCCAUCUUCGAGCAGUUCGGGAAGAUCUACGAGCUGACGGUCAUCAAGGACAAGUACACCGGGAUGCACAAAGGAUGCGCCUUCCUCACCUACUGCGCCCGCGAGUCGGCCCUGAAGGCGCAGAGUGCCCUCCACGAGCAGAAAACGCUGCCGGGGAUGAACCGCCCCAUCCAGGUGAAGCCGGCGGACAGUGAGAGCCGAGGAGAGGACCGCAAGCUGUUUGUGGGGAUGCUCAGCAAGCAGCAGGCGGACGAGGAUGUGCGGAAGAUGUUUGAACCCUUUGGGACCAUCGAUGAGUGCACAGUGCUGCGCGGCCCCGACGGCACCAGCAAAGGCUGCGCCUUCGUCAAGUUCCAGAGCCACGCAGAGGCCCAGGCUGCCAUCGCUGCCCUUCAUGGGAGCCGCACACUGCCGGGUGCCUCAUCCAGCCUAGUGGUGAAGUUCGCAGACACGGAGAAGGAGCGGGGUCUCCGGCGGAUGCAGCAGGUGGCAAGCCAGCUCGGCAUGUUCAGCCCCAUAGCACUCCAGUUCGGGGCCUACAGUGCCUACACGCAGGCGCUGAUGCAGCAGCAGGCGGCCCUGGUGGCCGCCCACUCGGCCUACCUCAGCCCCAUGGCCACCAUGGCCGUCCAGAUGCAGCACAUGGGCACGGUCAACCCCAACGGGCUCAUCGCCACCCCCUUACCCCCCUCCUCAGGAACCAGCACGCCGCCGGCCAUGGCUGCCACGCCGGUCCCUGCCAUCGCGGCCCCAUUGAGCGUCAAUGGGUACAGCCCGGUGCCUGCACAGCCUGCGGGGCCGCCUGCCCCUGAGGCUGUCUACGCCGGAGGGGUCCCCCCGUUCCCAGGUGCUCGCCGCCCCCCAACUGCCCCCCCACUGCCCCCCACCUCCCCUAACAGCCCUCCCCUCUGCCCCCCAGCCCAGAGCCCUGCUGCCCCUGCGGACCCCCUGCAGCAGGCAUACGCCGGCAUGCAGCACUACACAGCUGCCUAUCCUGCCGCCUAUGGGCUGGUGAGCCCAGCUUUCGCCCCCCCAGGGCCACUGCUGGCCCCCCCGCCCCCUCCCCAGCAGCAGCAGCGUGAAGGCCCCGAGGGCUGUAACAUCUUCAUCUACCACCUGCCCCAGGAGUUCGCUGACACCGAGAUCCUUCAGAUGUUCCUGCCCUUCGGCAACGUCAUCUCUGCCAAAGUGUUCGUCGACCGCGCCACCAACCAGAGCAAGUGCUUCGGCUUUGUCAGCUUUGACAACCCGGCCAGUGCACAGGCGGCCAUCCAUGCCAUGAACGGGUUCCAGAUUGGGAUGAAGCGCCUCAAAGUGCAGCUCAAGAGGCCCAAAGACGCCAACAGACCCUACUGAGCCCAGUCUGGAAGUGAAGCGCAGCACCCAUGGGUGACCCCAACAGCGGAGCAGCCCUGCCCUGGGGUGGGGAGGUCGGUCCUGCCGGAGGGGGCACACAGACCCCCAUACGCUCAGGAAGGAUGGGCCCCCCCCCACAGGACCAACAUGGAUCCCCCCCUCCCAGUCCAUCCCAGUCCAUGGGCUGAGGAGGGGGGGGCCAGACACCCCAGCACACCCCCCAACACCCACUGCCCUAUUUUGGGUAGGGGCACUCCUCUGCCCCCCAGGUCCCCGCUUGGGGUUUCUUUCUCACUAAACAGGACCAAACCCAGCCCCAAGCUGGGGACCUGGGGGGCACCCCAUUUUGGGGAGGGGACACGGCCACCUCCCCCUGUCCCCCCCAGGGUACCCCCCAUGGGCGGCUGCGCCAGGGCAAGCGGGACCCCCUCCACAUAUACACUGCCACUCCGCUCUGCCUGGCCCCCACCUGUCUCAGUUUCCCCUUCUCUAUGGGUUCCGGGGGCUGCACCCCCCAGCACAGCCACGGCUGUACGGACAUGGAGCGGCUGCACAUGGGAUGCACCGGGAUUGGGAUGAACUGGGAUCAGGAUGCUCCAAGAUUGGGAUGCACUGAAACUGGGAUGCAGCAAAACUGGGACGCAGUGAGAAUGGGGUGCACUGAAACUGGGAUGUGCUGAAGUUGAGAUGCAGUGGGAUUUGGACGCGUCAAGUUUGGGAUGUACCAAAUGUUGGAUGCAGCAAAACUGAGAUCAAGAUGCAGCAAGAUUGGGAUGCAUCACAUGUGGGAUGCAGUGAGAUCAGGAUGCAGUGAGACUGGGAUUUACCAAUGUCGCGUUGCACUGAGAUCAGGAUGCACCAAGAUCAGAAUGUACCAACACUGAGAUGGACCAAGAUUGGGGUGUACCAGCAUUGAGAUGUACCGAAUUUGGGAUGCACUAAAAUUGGGAUACACUGAGAUUGGGAUGCUCUGAGAUUGAGCUCUACCAAAAUUGAGAUGCAGCAAGAUCAGGAUGCUCUGCCAUCAGGAUUGCAAUUCAGACUGGGAUGCACGGAAACUGGGAUGGACCAACACUGGGAUGCGUUGAGAUUGGGAUGCGCUGCAAUCAGGAUGCACCGGAACUGGGACGUACUGAGAUCGGGAUGCACCAAGACUGGCAUGCACCGCCAUGGGGAUCUACCGCCAUUGGGACGCAUGGACCUCGGGACACGCCCGGCCCCACACCCCGCCCCCCGUGCCCCACGGAGACCCAAGCCCUGCAGCCCAACCCGGCCCAGAGCAGCACCGCGGGGCCAUCCCUGUAGAUAAUCCCAUUGGCGGCGCCGCGGGGCCGCUGCUCCCCCCCUCCCCUUGUCGGGGGUUUGGGACCCACUGAUUCGUUAUGGGGUGGGAGGGGUGGGGGGCGUGGGGCCGUUAGCGUGGGGGGGUGCGGACCCCCGGGAGUUGACGUCUGCGGUGGUGACACCGGCGCUUAAUUUAUUUGCUAUUUAUUGCGAUUCCU